CAGAUGAGAGGGCAGGAGGGAGGGUAAAAGGGAGGUACCUACCCUUCAGAUCAGACAGCUCUGUCUCUGCUUUUUUCACAAAAAAAGAGGCUCUUCUGGGGUUGAAACUGAAACAGGGCAAGACUUGUAAAAGGAGUGCAGUAACUUGGUCUCACUCAUUUUCAGGGUUUCCUGUUUAAGGAGGCCAUUUUGUUACACAGCUCUGGAGCAGAUCAUAACAAAGUUUGGCAUUGUUGUUUUUUCUCUCUCGUUCUCGCUUCCCUCCUCUCACCCACGGCUGAGAGUUUCACAACCAAGUUUGGACUUUCUACUCUGCAGAUCAACAUCUUUGGCUGAAGGAGGGGAAGAAGGUGGAGGUGGAACAGCAGCAGGAGGGUGACUCCCUCUGCCCCUCGGUGUGUCUUUUCUUUUUUUUUCUGAGGGAUCACUUGCUUCAUGCCUGUCAUGCCUGGACAACAACGCGUCAGGCGGCGUGAAAGAGGUGCCUGAGAGGAGGUAAAGCACUACUUCCUGGACAAGGAUUUCUUCCCUAAUCCACUGAAAGGAGGCCGAUCGAAGAGUCAGAGGKAAACYAGUCGUCUUGCUCUGAGUCUGAGUGCUGAUUUUUCUCCCAGUUUGAAUAAAUGUGGCUUCUCUGAGAACUGUACACUGCACCUGGGUGAGUGUGUGUUUGUCAGUGCUGACAAGCUUCAGGCAGCCAGCAGCCCUGUGGACUCCCUCUGAAUGGCUAAUGCUAGCCCCUGUGUGACCUCAGGGCCAAUGUCCCCGGCCUUCUUUCACCCCGUGGACCCCUCAGCACCUGGAUCAACAGGGAUGCACCAGGAAACCCCCAUACACAGGCCCUCAAUGCCUGCUCAGACUGGCGAUCCGGUGAUGGACAUGCAGUGUCCUGGAGGGGCCGGGGUCCCCGCAUUGCUUCCCACUCCAACAGGAGUGUCCUUCAUCAUCCAGAUUGGUCUGACCCGAGAAUCCGUCCUGAUGCCCCAGUCUGCUGAUCUGGCCUAUGUGAAGCAAAUCGCCUGCUCCAUUGUUGACACCAAGUUCCCUGAGUGUGGUUUUUACGGCAUGUAUGACAAGAUUCUGCUCUUCAAGCACGACCCAAGCACCAACAACAUUCUGCAACUGGUUAAAUGUACAGCUGACAUCCAGGAGGGAGACCUGGUGGAGGUGGUGCUCUCUGCGGCAGCCACUUUUGAAGAUUUCCAGAUUCGACCCCACGCACUCAACGUGCACUCGUACCGAGCCCCGGCCUUCUGUGAUCACUGUGGAGAGAUGCUGUUUGGACUGGUCCGACAAGGGCUGAAGUGUGAUGGAUGUGGCCUUAACUACCACAAGCGCUGUGCGUUCAGCAUCCCGAACAACUGCAGCGGAGCUCGUAAAAGACGCCUGUCCACCACCUCCCUGAGCAGCAGCCAGUCCCGGCGGCUCUCCACCACGGAGUCGGUGCACAGCGUGGGGUCAACCUCCACCUGCAACGAGGAAACCAACCUUAUUCGCUCUCACACACAAAUGCCACGAACAGCGAGCGACGUGCGGCGCUUCUACACGGGCCGACCUGUUCAUUUGGACAAGAUGUUGAUGACGAAGGUGAAGGUGCCCCACACAUUUGCUGUUCACUCGUACACCCGGCCCACCGUGUGCCAGUAUUGCAAGAGACUUCUCAGGGGACUCUUCAGGCAGGGUCUACAGUGCAAAGAUUGUAAGUUCAACUGUCAUAAACGCUGUGCAUACAAGGUUCCUAAUGACUGCCUUGGGGAGACCAUUGAAGACAACAGAAGUAACUGUGGAAUGUUGAGCCCCAAUGCGGACCCUGAAGUACCCAUGGACUUCAGCAGCGAGUACGACACCUCAGACAAGUCUUCAAUGGACGACUCGGAUGAGGCCUGUAGUAUCCCUGGGUCCUUUUCUCCAGACAACAACCAGGGCGGGACCACUGGGGACCAAAGCGCUAACAUCCCGUUGAUGAGGGUGGUUCAGUCGGUGAGGCAGACAACUCGGCGAUCCAGCACAGCCAUCAAGGAAGGAUGGAUGGUUCACUACAGCAAUAAGGACACAUUGAGGAAAAGGCACUACUGGCGUCUGGACUGUAAGUGCAUCAUCCUUUUUCAGAACAACACCUCCAACAAAUACUACAAGGAGAUCCCCCUAUCUGAGAUUCUGAAGGUGCGCCCUGCCACUGACUUCACGCUCGUCCCUCAAGGCACCAAUCCUCACUGCUUCGAGUUAAUCACAGGCACGAUGUGCUACUUUGUAGGGGAGGACCCCAACACCCUCCCCUCCGUGUCCUCCAGCAAUCCCCCGACUGUCCCUCAGACYCCUCCCUCCCCCAGUCUGGUGCAGCCUAACAGCGGCAUUGGGCGGGAGGUGGCGAACGCAUGGGAGAGCGCCAUUCGCCAGGCUCUCAUGCCAGUCAUAUUUCAGGAUGCCCCGCCAGCUGAAGGCAACACGCCUCACCGACAAGCCUCCAUAAGCAUAUCUGUGUCCAACAGUCAAAUCCAAGAAAAUGUGGAUAUCAGCAUGGUUUAUCAGAUUUUCGCUGAUGAAGUACUUGGAUCUGGGCAGUUUGGAAUAGUUUAUGGAGGAAAGCACAGGAAGACAGGAAGAGAUGUCGCUGUCAAAGUCAUCGACAAGCUUAGAUUUCCCACCAAGCAGGAGAGCCAGCUGAGGAACGAGGUGGCCAUCCUGCAGAGUUUACGUCACCUGGGCAUUGUGAACCUGGAGUGCAUGUUUGAAACCCCGGAGCGAGUGUUUGUGGUGAUGGAGAAGCUGCACGGCGACAUGCUGGAGAUGAUCCUCUCCAGUGAAAAAGGCAGGCUGCCUGAAAGACUCACUAAAUUCCUCAUUACUCAGAUUCUUGCAGCUCUCAGACACCUCCACUUUAAGAACAUUGUCCACUGUGAUCUGAAGCCGGAGAAUGUGCUGCUUGCCUCUGCUGAUCCUUUCCCACAGGUGAAGCUGUGCGACUUUGGUUUUGCGCGAAUCAUUGGGGAGAAGUCUUUCCGCCGCUCCGUGGUCGGUACGCCCGCCUACCUGGCUCCAGAGGUUCUGCUGAACCAGGGCUACAACCGCUCGCUGGACAUGUGGUCAGUCGGCGUCAUCAUGUACGUCAGCCUCAGCGGGACUUUCCCCUUCAACGAGGAUGAGGAUAUUAACGACCAGAUUCAAAACGCAGCCUUCAUGUACCCCGCCAACCCCUGGAACCAGAUCUCCAAAGAUGCCAUCGACUUGAUCAACAACCUGCUGCAAGUUAAGAUGAGGAAACGCUACAGCGUCGACAAAAGCCUCAGUCAUUCUUAUUUACAGGACUACCAGACGUGGCUGGAUCUGCGGGAGCUGGAGACCAAACUGGGUGGGCGGUACAUAACCCACGAGAGCGACGACAGCCGCUGGCAGACGUACGCCCGGCAGCACAGUCUGCCGUACCCUCCUCACCUCGUGCCCCCCCCACCGGCGUCGGCCUCGGACGACGAGAACGGGGAUUCGGAUAUGCAAGGGCUCGCCGAGAGGGUCAGCAUCCUCUGACCGCGGACAGACAGAGAGGAACACGGGACUCGCUUGAAAGGGACACAGAAGAUGCUUUGCAAAUCACGUGGUUCUUGUGAGGAUAAAAGUGUCCUGCUGUUCUGCUUUUCUCCACGCUCACUUUGUGUCUCUUCACGUUUCUCCCUUCAAACCAGGUGUUCUUCAGUGUCUCUUUUUAAUCGUGUCACCUCUGCUGUUACUGGCUCUCUUUCGUCUUUUGAAGUUCUGGCUUCUUUUUUAUUGAGAAAACUGCCCCGGUUCUAUGAUAAACUCCAGGUUUUGGGAUUGACCUGGCAAGUCUUUAUAACAGACAAAAGCUGGAGUCCAGCUUUACUUGAAUAACAGCAUGAUCGUUACUAUUUUCCCCCCAUUUACUGCCAUGUGCCUUGAAGUGAAGUGAAACAGGAAAGAGCAUUUUACCACAAGCCAAGUUCUGAGUUACACACAAGUAGGUUAAAAUAAAAGGAAGCUGCAGGUAGACCAAUUAGAACAUAAUAUAUACCUUGAAUAAAUAACUAUUUUUAUUCCCUCUUUCAGUCAUGUUUUUUUCUGCAUCAACAAAAGACUUUCCUUGAUGGUAAUUAUUACUAAAGUGAGUUCAUGCUUACAAAGGUAUCAAAAAAUUCUUAUAAACUCACAUCCUGGAUUUAUUGAACUGGCAAAAGCUUAUUUACAGUAAUUGCUGCCAGUUUGAAACCACAAUCCCUGAACAUGCGAAAUUACAGAUGCCGCUGUGGGUUUAAAUGAACUCUAGAAACAGACCUUCAUUACCGGACAUCC